GCCUUCACUGUAAAAAAAAAAAAAAAAAAAAAAGAGAGAGAGAGAGAGAGAGAGCAAGAGAGAGAGGUAGGGGCAGAGCGAGCGAGAGCCACACAGAGCGAGAGGGAAAGAGAGAGAGGAGCGGAGUUAAUGGAGAGGGCUACACAACUGCGCACAAACACAGAUUUGAUCAGUGAGUUUAACUUGCUGGUGCUGGUCAGUGCACGGUGAAGCCAUCCGCUGCAAACAAGCCCCUGCGCCCGCACCGACCUGCACUACUUGUUGAGUCGGGCUGCAACAUUUUGUUUUCUGAGAGAGGAAGAAGUUCAGGAACUCUGCGUGGGACUGGAUUCCAUUUUGGACGUAUUUAUAUAGACAACACCUUUGUUGCAUUUUGUAAUGUGGGGUGAUCGGAAGCAAGCGCGGAACCUGUGGAUUUAACGAGAAAGAAAACGGAUUUGGGACUGAUUAUUUCUUCUCUUUUGACUUGUACCGGUUUGCUUCGGCGUACAUGAACAUUUGCUAAAAAAGAGAGAGAGAGAGACACAGAGAGAGAAAAUAAAAGGCAAGCGAUGGAAGUAAGUGCGGAUCAGCCACGAUGGAUGAGCCAUCAUCCCGCGGUGUUGAACGAGCAGCAUCCCGGCUCACAUCACCCGGGCCUCAGUCACUCGUACAUGGACCCUUCGCAGUAUCCCCUCGCUGAAGAUGUGGAUGUACUCUUUAAUAUUGAUGGACAGGGGAACCACGUCUCUCCAUACUAUGGAAACUCUGUCCGAGCCGUCCAGAGGUACCCUCCUCCUCCACACAGUAGCCAGGUGUGCCGUCCCUCAUUACUGCCCAGCUCUCUGCCCUGGCUGGAGGGGAGCAAAGGAAUCGCCCCGCACCACAGCACUUCUCCCUGGAACCUGAGCCCCUUCCCCAAGAACCCCCUGCACCACGGCUCCCCGGCCAGCCUGUCCGUCUACCCCCCGGCCUCCUCCUCCUCCCUGUCCACCGGUCACUCCAGUCCGCACCUCUUCACGUUUCCCCCGACCCCUCCGAAAGACGUAUCCCCGGACCCGGGCAUAUCCACUCCGGGCUCCAGCAGCUCCGGGCGGCAGGAGGAUAAAGAGUGCAUAAAGUACCAGGUGACCCUGGCCGAGAGUAUGAAACUGGAGUCAGCUCACAGCCGGAGCGUGGCAUCAAUCGGAGCAGGGUCAUCCUCUGCCCACCACCCCAUCGCCACAUACCCACACUAUGUCCCCGAAUACGGCCCAGGCCUCUUCCCACCAAGUAGCCUGAUAGGUGGGUCAUCUUCUAGUUAUGGUUCCAAAACAAGACCAAAAACAAGGUCCUGUUCAGAGGGUAGAGAGUGUGUGAACUGCGGGGCCACGUCGACUCCGCUGUGGAGGCGGGACGGUACGGGUCACUAUCUGUGUAACGCCUGCGGACUCUAUCACAAGAUGAACGGGCAGAAUCGCCCUCUCAUCAAGCCCAAGCGGCGGCUGUCCGCAGCCAGGCGGGCAGGGACGUCGUGCGCAAACUGUCAGACGACAACGACGACGCUGUGGCGGAGAAACGCCAACGGGGACCCGGUGUGCAACGCCUGCGGCCUGUACUUUAAACUGCACAAUAUCAACCGACCUCUGACCAUGAAGAAGGAAGGCAUCCAGACCAGGAACCGGAAGAUGUCCAGCAAGUCCAAGAAGAGCAAAAAGUCCCAAGACAACAUGGACGACUUCUCCAAGACCCUGAUGGACAAGAGCAGCUCAUUCAGCCCGGCCGCCCUGUCCCGCCACAUGUCCUCCUUUCCUCCCUUCUCGCACUCCAGCCACAUGCUGACCACCCCACACCCAUGCACCCUUCCUUCGCCCCCCACCACCCCUCCAGUAUGGUGACGGCCAUGGGUUAGAGCCUCCACCGCCUCUAGCCGCUCCUGAACCCUCGGCCUCGCCACCACCACACCCUUCGGUACCUCUACUUGACCUGCUUCCAUAUCCUAAAAAGACAAACAAACCGCUUCUCGGUUCCGAUCUAAGCUCCAGCGACAAAGACAGGCUCCUUUUUUUGUUUGUUUUUUCCUCGGUUGCAUCUUAUUUUUAUAAAACCCAAGCGUACCUCUGCGAUGUGAAUGCUUUGCAGACUCGACUGUGGCGCACUGACCUCCAGGGGGAAGGUUUUGUUGAGAAUAUUCUCCCCGAGCCGCUGCUGCUGCCACCACACACACCGAGGCUGAUCCACGACGAUAAGGAGCUCCAUUUGUGUACAAAAGCCAUUUUUUUUCCACACACAACAUCACGAAAAACUUUUCUGACGCCCUCUCCCUUAAUUCCCGCCUCUCUUCACCUUUGCACCUGUCUAACAGGAAACCCCCAGCUCCCCUUCUUCUUCACCCUCUUCUUCUUCUUCUUCUCCUUCUUCUUCCACUGAAGGGGAGACAGACGCUGAAUAUAUUUGUACAAAUUGUAUGAAAUACAGUACAUUUAAUGAAGACUUUUUAAUUAAGUAAGGAAAAAAAAGAGGAAACAUGCCCCUGGGCAGCUAACGACAAGAAGGGUACGAGUCGCAGCAGGUGGAGAGACUUGCCGCCGGAGGAGUGAGGAGAGGACGCCUCCGAGUCCCGGAGGGGGAGGAAAAAAAAAGGGAGGAGGAGGAGGUGAGAGAGGGAAAAGACUCUUGAGAAAGGGCAGGCCUCGGUUUUUGCCUGCAUGAAUUGUGUUGCAUUAAGUUUGCGGAGAGGCAGCGGCUCCGGCUGCAGGCGUCUCUCUUCUUUUUUUUUUUCUUUUCAUUUUGGAUGUGCUAUAGGUCUCGGGCAAUUGGUUUGUGUUGAAGCGCGCACGUACACACAUGCACACACACACACCCACACACACGCACACACACACACACACACACACACACACACACACACACCUGAAAGACUUUCUUCCUGCCCACAGAUUAUAUGCAUUGUGAAAAAAGUUCCUGUAUUUGUUAUUUGUAUGAUAUAAAAUCAGAAGUCCAAAAAUACGAAAGAAACAAAGAUGUAGAAUAUUUCUUUAUGUUAUGCAGACUGAAUGGUUGUAAAAAUUUAAUAAUAAUCACUAGUGUAAAAUAUGACUGCUUUUUUGUUUCGUAAAUUUUUUUCCUCUUUGAAAAUAAUAAAACUAGUUUAAUCUCUGUUGACAUGUUA